AUGUCAACUCUGGGCAAUCUCCCUGAUCAUCUCGUCCUGUGCCAAAUCUUCACCCGUCUUCCAGUGAAGCUUCUAAUCGUACUCACCAGCGUCUGCAAGUCCGGGCUCGCAUUGAUCUCGUCUCGAUUCAUUGUCGAAACUCAUCUCUCUCGGUUUCAUCUGAAUCCAGUUAACCAUAUGCUUCUUCUCCACCACCCUUUCCGUAGAAAUAUCAUCAUUUCACCUAUCAAUUUCUUCAGAAACCCUAACAUUUCUAUGAUCCCAAUUCCGGCAACUGAAGGCCUAAUUGAUACAAGUGGUUCGGACAAUUUGUUGUCGUCGAGUCAAAAUUUUCUGAAUUCGGUGCAUACAUUUGUGGGAUCCUUUAACGGGCUAGUAUGUUCCUUUAGACCACCUCUCAGGCCUACUAAUGUUACUAUUUGGAACCCUGCAACUCGUAGAUCUAAGAAUAUCUUGGUUCCCCGUGUUGAUAUUAAACAUGUGUGUAGGAUCCUAGUUGGUUUUGGAUUCAGUUUUGUUGUAAAUGAUUAUAAGAUUGUCUGCAUCUAUGAACUUGGACUUGGGCUGCAGAAUCUAUCAUAUGAGUUCCGAUUGUAUUCAUGUAAGGAUAAUUCUUGGAAAGAAUUGAAUCCUGAUUUUCCAUUGGAAUUGAGUUUUGUUGAGUGUGUGGUUGUUAAGGGGAAUCCUUACUGGAUGUGUCUUGGUAAUCAACGUCGGAAUGAAUUCUUGGUGAAAGUUGACGUUGUAACUGAGGUUAUCCAAAUGUUUAAGGGGCCUGAGUAUGUGAAGAACGAGACCACUUCUAGCUCUAAUAUGGCGCUAGGUGACUUUGUAGCACAAGCGGUGUGUUCACCUGGUGCUGAAGCAAAUGACAUGAUUCAUGUUUACACUUUGGAGGAAAAUGCCGGUGUUUGGAUGAGGAUGUACAGCUUUGGAUUAGUUGGGGUGCAGAGGCCUGUGAGACUGAAGUGUUUUCAAAACGGUAGGGACAUGAUUUUUCACAUGCCAAUGAAUUACACUGAAAGUCUUGUUGCUAUUGAGGGGAUGGUGAGUGUUGGAGAAGGAGCUGCAAAAGAAGAGAGACAGGAGGCAGCUGCGCUCGCUACUACUAAUAGAGAAGCUAAGAAUAUUAUGGUCGCAGAAGAUGGCGAAAUGCAUUCAAUGCCAAUCAGUUAUAUUGAGAGUCUUGCUUUUGUUGAAGGUAUGGUGCGUGUUCCUGAAGAAGCUGCAACAGAAGAGAGGCAGCUGGAGACUGUCUUCCCCACAACUGAAAGGGAUUCCAACUUGUUAAAUAAUGCCACAUCUUAA